GUUGGGAUCUUUGGCAGUUCCUUCAAUUCCGGGAUUGGUUGGCUGACACUGUUUCUCGGUUUUAUUCUCAUAAAUUUUGGAAGGGUAUUAUGACUUUAAUUAUUUGCUAUCCUUUGGGCUAUUUGGCUUUCUCGGAACCAAUUAAGAUUCAGACAUGCGGUUUGGUCGCCCAGGACAAUUGAAGCUUUGGCUGAGGAUUGGUUCCACCGUUGUGUCCAGUCUCAAGAUUGGAAGAAAUCUGUGUAGGGAUCCUGUUCGCCUGGUUCGCCUAUGCUUUCAGGUGAUCCAUGGUUGUGUUUGAGGGGAUUACCUGGCAUAAGCCCCACAGUUUGUUUGAUCAUUGAUGGAGCUUGGGAUUGGUCCACUUGUAGGGUUGGGGCAUGUUGAAUUAUCCGUGACCUUUAUUCUUCGGAGGUUCUGGGUGGAGGUAGUAGGGCUUUUUUGUCUGGGUCGACAUUACAGUCUGAGCUACAAGCUUGUUUAUGGGGUCUUCAGGCGGUGGUUCGCAAAAGUUUCUUGAAGAUUCGAAUUCAUUCUGAUUGUGCGACCCUCCUUUCUUUGCUUCUAAAUUCAGGUCAAAUGGACAUUUCGGUUUGGUGGCUCAUUAUGGAAUUGCAGGCGGUUGUUGAGUCUUUUUUGGUGUGCCAAAUUCGUAAAGUUCCUCGGUUCUGGGUUUCUCCGGCACAUUGGUUAGCUAGUUGUGCUCGAUGACGGCAGUUGUUGUUUUUUCAUUUCUAGUUUUUUUCUUUUUAUGUUGUAGUUUGUUUUUUUCUUCGAUAGUUCUUUUGUCCAAAAAAAAAAAAAAAAAAAAAAAUUGUAAUUUUCCUUUUUUCUUCCGCAAAAGUUACGUCUUACGUGCUCUCUCUUUUCAUCCUCGUUCCCCUCUCUAUUUUUAAAGUUCUGAACUCUGGUCAGCACUUCGCUAACAAUUCUCAGGUAAGGUAACGAAAUGUAAACUACUCAUAUUUGAAUUUUAUCCCUAAUUUUUCGACAUUAUUAUCAACCUUAAUUUUUUGGCAACAAUUUCUGCAUUUUAUUUGAUUAUUCGUAAGUUCCGUAAUUUAAGACAAGCAUUAGCAUGUAUAAUUUCGUUGUCAAAAGUAUAGCAGUAAUUACUUAAUGCUGGGGAUUUUGAUGGAAAUCGAAUUUUAUUUUCUGAGUUACCUAUUUUGCAGGAUUGAAUUUUCAUUUCCAUUUUUGUAAAUUUGUAUUUUUUUUUGUUUAUCAAAUUGCAGGUAUUUUUUUUUUGCUUGCAAUAGCAAAGGAAUUACAUUUUCUUCAAUUUCAAUGUAAUUUUAUCAUUGUAUAGCGAUUUUGUGAUUCGUUUGGGAGACUUUUCGAAUAACGUAAAUAAGGCAGAAGUUUUUUCUUAAUCAUGGUGGAGACGAGGCCUUUCAAGACAAAAUUAUGUGUACUUUAUGAGAAGGGUCGUUGUGGACGUGAUACAUGUACAUUUGCUCAUGGUGAUCCCGAGCUUCGACGCUUUUCGGGUUCUUUUAUGGAUAGGCCAAUCAACAGGGAUAAUGACUUAAGGAGUAAGCUUGACAGGAAGCGUUCUCCACGUCAUAAGUCUUCCCCUAGAAGAGAUGCAACAGGAUCACGAGCGUAUAAAAGGUUUAGUCCAUCACAACUGAGUAAAAGAAGAAAAUUAACGACACAUGAGCAUGAGGAUGGUCAAAAUAAAAUUUCUGGGGGUUUCAAAUGUCAAAAUGGGUCAGCAGAAAGCGAGAAGGACAAACUUCAUAUCUUAUCUAAUUCCAGAAACGUGGUUGAGGAUGAGCUUACACAACUUGAGUAUGAAGUUGAUGUGCUAUUUAACCAAAAAAGUCAGAUGGAGAUUGCAUUCCAGGAGAGGGUACAAGAAGCAGAUAAUUUGUCUUCUAGGAUUAGGGAUCUCGAGGCUCAAUUGUGUGAUGAAAAGGAAAAAUCUAAAAAAGUUAAUUCAAAAAUCAAGAAGCUCAUUAGGGCACAUGCUCAUCACUCUCAGCUGCAAGAUGAACUGAAGAGGUCUCAAAUUCAACUUGAACAGCUAGUGGGGGAGCUUGGUACAGAUGCUAUACCGAUUGUUGGUGUUAUUAAAAACCUGGAUGUCAACAUUAUUAGUAAUGAAGAAUUUCCAGAAGUAAAAAACUCUGCUUCUCCUGCAAAGAAGCAGGUACACGAUACCAUGAAAGCCUCAAAAGAAAGAAAGUCAGCAGCUACGGCAAGAGGCCAUGGAGCCAGAGUUUUGGGUUCUCGGAGAAAUCCACUUGUGCCCUUUGGUGGUCAUCAAGAAUCUGUGGCAGGACUAUCUAAAGAGAACCCCCAGCUGCAAAAUAUUGCUUCUAAGCACUUUGAUCCUUUUGAUAAGCAGGUGAAAGAGUCAAAUUUUGUGGUGCCACCAACCAGCAUGGCUGCUCAUGCAGUUGAUGAUUUUAUUGAGCUGGAAGCAGAAGAUUAUCCUGAGAUGCUAGGAACUCCGAAAUGUGUUGAGAAUAGCUUGCCGUUUCUACUUCCUCCCCUUCCUACUGUAUCACAAAAUAAUUAUAUUCAGUAUGAGGGUGAUGACGAGAAUGUUGAUGUGGACGGACGUGAAGAACAUGAGGAAGUGGAUAUAGUGUAAAUGCUAGGUGAUGAGAUUUAUAUCCUCCCUUUUUUUUUUUUUUGAUAACCGCUAAUUUUUGAUACUGCGGAACCGUGAUCAUUUUUUAAAUAGGGUAUUAUCAAAAUGAUUUAGUGUAGUAAUGUAGCCAUUGCACUCAGUUUGCUUCAUGAAGUAUGUUAAGCUCGCAAUUUGAGUCUGCUUCAUGGUAUGAUAAGUUCAUUUUUGACUACUACGAAAAUACUUGCAUUAUGCCUUGUAGUAUAAAGAUUGACAUUCCCUA